CAAUGAAGCAGACACCGGCCAAGAGGGAAAAAAUCAAUGAGCGAAGCAGCCACUUUGCCCUGGCCUCGAGAAGCUCUGCAGAGUCUGAGGCCCCGAAGGGCGAGCAGAGUGCACCGGGAGAAUAGGAGAGCCCUUGGACACCGUUAGCUUCUGCUUCGCCACUGGGGGCCGCAGUCACCUUCAGCAUCGGGAACUAGGGAGAAACGAACCCUGAGGGUGGAUCUGGCCGCUAAGCUCUGUCCAGCGCCAGUUUCUGCCCCGGCACAGCAGGGACGACCCAGGGGAGAACAGGACUCUGGGAGUGCCAGCAUUCACUCCCUAGGAGGCCGCAGCCUCUGGCAAGGCACGCCCUCGGCGGUAUUGCCGCGCCCCUCCCAGGUCCGCCCCUCCCGCCCCUGGGAGCGCGCACCCGCUGCUGGAGAGUCCUGCCUGCCUCACCUUCCCAGGCGGGAGACGAUGGAGAAGCCAAACUGGGUCUACGGCCAUUGGGUUCUCGGCCCGAGCUGCCCACGGUAUCCAAGAUCGUGACGUGGUGGCACUGGCCGAGUCUCAGAAACCCAGGUUGGGGCGGAUCGGGACGCUGAGGCCGCAUCUCCCGGCCGCUGAAAGCAUGCGGGUACUGGCUGCCCAUUGCCCAGGGGAGUCUGGGCACGACCCUAGCCUGGGUUUCAGAUCCUGAUCCUGCGCUCUGGGGACUGAAGUCGCCCUAUGCCAGGGGUGUCGCCCCAAGUACAGAGCUUGGGCUGCCCUGGAGCCUAGGACUCUUUUGGCUAGAGAACCUUCGGGAGCACGCGUUGGAGGCCGUGUGGACCACCACCCUAGAGCCACGCGAGACGUGCAGAGGGCUGGCAACCCAGCGCCGGAGCAGUCUCAGAGGUAACUUCGGAGAGCGGGAGCAGGAGACCGAACUGACUGAUGCUCCAGUGUAGUCACUGAGCUUGCAAAUUCUAAAUCAUGGAGGCCAAUCAGGAAGCUUCUCUCUUUUUGGUGAAGAUCUUAGAAGAAUUGGACAGUAAGCAAAAUACUGUUUCCUAUCAAGACCUAUGCAAGUCAUUGUGUGCCCAGUUUGAUCUGUCUCAGCUUGCCAAACUGAGAAGUGUGCUUUUCUACACAGCAUGUCUCGACCCCAACUUUCCAGCCACUUUAUUCAAAGACAAGAUGAAAUGCUCUGUAAAUAACCAGCAGUCAAAGAAGAUCAUGGUGGCAGCAGAUAUUGUGACGAUCUUUAACCUGAUCCAAAUGAAUGGGGGCACUGCCAAAGAGAAGCUGCCCACAAGUUGCCCCAAGGUGCGCAAGAAGGAGGCAUCCUUUGAAUCUUGCAGGUCAGACACUGAAGUGUGCAACCCAACAGUCUGUGAGCCUCUGAACUGUGAGCUAGGCGAGAGGCCCUUUAGCCGAGGCUACCCCACCAGGCAAUCAUCCAAAUGCCGGAAGAGGGACUGCAAGGAAUGCCCACAGUUUGUCCCUGCCUCUGAGCCCAACUUCCUGUUGGGUGUCAGCAAAGAGGUGAAAAACCGGGCAGCAUCUCUAGACAGGCUGCAAGCCAUGUCCCCAUAUUCUGUGGCCAGUCCUCAGCCCUGUGAGAUGCAGAGGACCUAUUUCCCCAUGAAUAUUGAGAAUGAGUCCAUUUCAGAUCAGGAUUCACUGUCCAUCAGCCAAGGCAUCAAGGAGACCUUCAUCUCCAGUGAGGAACCAUUUGUGGUUCAGUCUUGUGUUCAGAAAAGGAACAUCUUCAAAGAAGAGUUUCACAAUCUCAUGACUGUGUCCCCCAGUUUGGUUGGUCCCACUAACAAAGCAGAGGAGGAUCAUGGAGAGACCCAGAGUCAGAAGGAGCUCCACAAGCCCCCCUUCUUUAACCAUAGCUUUGAGAUGCCUUACCACAACCAGUACUUGAAUCCGGUGUAUUCCCCAAUCCCUGACAAAAGGCGGGCAAAGCAUGAAAGCUUAGAUGACCUUCAAGCCUCUACGUAUUUUGGACCUACCCCAGUGAUGGGAACACAAGAUACUAGGCGCUGUCCAGGAAGGUCCAGUAAACAGACUCCAUGGCCUGCCAAAAGCUGGAGCCUAAACACGGAGGAAGUGCCUGACUUUGAACGGUCCUUUUUCAAUAGAAAUCCCUCUGAAGAGAAGCUACGCUAUCCAAAUUCCGGCAGCCAGACCCCCAAUUUCUCAGGCCCAGACAGGCAUCAAACUUACCUGGUGCCAAAGGAUCAACAGAAGGUUCUCCCUGCCGGCUAUGGAGUGAAACCAAAUGGACUCAAAUCUAAAGAGCUCUCAUCCCCUGUGGACCUGGAGAAGCAUGAAGCAGUCAAAAAGUUUAAAGACAAGAGCAUCACUUGCACCAGUGGGCAGCACAGUUCAGACACCAGCAGUGUGGGGACCCAGACAGAGCAGCACGUGCUGGAUCCCCCAAAAUGUAAGGACUUGUGUACACUGGGUCAGGCCAAGUACAGUGACAGGCAUGCCAUGAAGCACUCGGAUGAUGACUCAGAAAUUGUCAGCGAUGACAUCAGUGACAUUUUCCGGUUUCUCGAUGACAUGAGCAUCAGCGGCUCCACAGGAGUGAUGCAGUCAUCCUGCUACAAUAGCACCGGCUCCUUGUCUCAGCUUCCUAAGUCAGACUGUGACAGCUCGCCAGAGCAUAACCUUGCCAAAAUCACCAAUGGGGUCUCCAGCAGCAAGGGAGACAAGUGUCACCGGCCUGAAAAUGUCCACCGUUCUGAAGAGGAGUUGAAGAACAGUGUGUGCAAACUGGUUCUCAGGAUCGGUGAGAUUGAGCGGAAGCUGGAAUCACUGUCAGGCGUCCGUGAGGAAAUCUCCCAGGUCCUUGGGAAACUCAAUAAACUGGAUCAGAAAAUACAGCAGCCGGAGAAAGUGAAUGUGCAGAUUGACCUGAACUCCUUGACCAGUGAGGCACCUUCUGAUGACAGUGCCUCUCUGAGGGUCUUCCAUGCACACAGUGGCUCGCACGGACCCAAGCUGGAGAACAGCCCAGACUGGUGCUGCUCAGAUGCCAGUGGAAGCAAUAGCGAAAGCCUGCGUGUCAAGGCCUUAAAGAAAAGCCUCUUUACCAGGCCAUCUUCCAGGUCCCUGACCGAGGAGAACAGUGCCACAGAGUCCAAAAUUGCCAGCAUCUCCAACUCUCCCAGAGACUGGCGAACCAUUACAUACACCAACCGCAUGAGCCUCAAUGAAGAGGAGAUAAAAGAUGCAGGCCCAGGUGAUAGCAAAGACUGGCAUCGGAAAUCUAAGGAGGCAGACAGGCAGUAUGACAUUCCCCCACAGCACCGACUGCCCAAGCAACCCAAAGACAGCUUCCUGGUGGAGCAAGUAUUCAGUCCACAUCCUUACCCCACAUCCCUCAAGGCCCACAUGAAGAGCAACCCCCUGUAUACAGACAUGCGGCUGACUGAGCUAGCUGAGGUCAAGCGGGGCCAGCCUUCUUGGACCAUAGAGGAGUAUGCUCGCAACUCUGGUGACAAAGGCAAGCUGACAGCCCUGGACCUGCAGACUCAAGAAUCUUUAAACCCCAACAACUUAGAAUACUGGAUGGAAGAUAUUUAUACUCCAGGCUAUGAUUCAUUACUAAAGCGGAAAGAAGCUGAAUUCAGACGAGCCAAGGUCUGCAAGAUCGCUGCUCUCAUCACAGCUGCUGCAUGCACGGUCAUUCUAGUCAUUGUAGUGCCCAUCUGCACUAUGAAGUCCUGAGCGUGGGGACCCAGUGUUACAUGCCAUUUACGACUUCCACUGUUUUCUUCUGGAUUUCAAAAGCUCACCUCAGUGUGGCUACAGUUUGUUGAAAUAGAGAAAAAAAUAUCAGAUGUGUUUCUACAGUGCUGAAGGUCAUCUUCAGAGAGCAUAUACUCUAGAAAGAAAUCUACCUAGCUGUUAAUCUUAGUUAUAGUUAGACUCGGAUGUAUUUUCAAAAGUACAGUAUCUUUUGCCACAUAAGGAAUGCCAUGGAUUAUCAGUAAAUAAAAAUUGAAUAUUCCAAGCAAAGGGGGAAAAAAGGAAGACUAAUUGGAUUCUUUCACUUUGAUGAUGAUUCAUGGUAGGCAUCAAGUUAUGCAGAACCAGAUUCAAUACCUGCUCUUUGGAGGAGCUGAUGGUGACACAAAGGGGUUGGGAUCCAUUUCCUUGAUACUUUACAACUGUUGCUGGUAAAGUAACUGGAUGUGUGUCUACCAUGAAUGUGGCUUCUCUUUGGACUUUUGUCAAGGGCUAUUGACUUCCUUCUUGCCCUCUGUCACUGUCACUGCAGGACAUCUGAAUCCCUGCAGUUCUUCACAGCAGCAUUAAGAACCUUCUUCCUGGGCCCAGGUAAGAAGGAGCUGCACUUCCAAGCAUGAUAUCCAGUAUCCUGUUUUUUUGCAGAAUGGGCCAAGAUACUCAGGAUAGGCCACAUUCCUGUUGUCCCUAACAUAUGUGAGGAAGUUUGCCUGUUGGUAUAUGUUCAACAUCUGAAGGUCAUAGACACCCCAAAGGAUGUCCUAUUCUUGCUCUGGCAUGUGGCUCUGUUCCUUGAUUUUCUAACUCUUGGUGGUAUCCGAUGCUCUACUCUGAAGAGUUUGGAACUUGUCCUUGUGCCUUGAAGAGCAGAGACAAUGGUGACACUUUGACAUUCUAACUCUAAACCAUGGUUGCCAUCCACCACUGGCACCAACCAUUUUCAGUGGCUUUUAAAAGAAUGUUUAUUUAAUAACGUGGUAAAGGCACCAAGGUCUCCUCAACUACAACAUCUACUCCAGAGUUUUGAAUAUUUGUCAGCAGUGCAAAAAAUAAUAUUUAACCAUCUAUCUAUCUACAUGUCUAAAUACCUGGUUUUUGUUUAUUGUCUUCACUGCUAAGUAAAUUGAGAGCACGAUUUUUCCAAGUGUACAAGAAGCUGUUGUAAUUUUAUUAGAGAUUAAUCUCUGUUUCCACCUGAUUGGUGCUUUGACAAUAAUUGGCAGAAAGACUUCUUAUCAACAUCUGUGUCUAAUGUCUUACAACAAACUAAAGAAAAAUGAUUAACAGAUUUAGAAACCAUAAAUUUAUUUAAUAACAAACUGGCACAUACACACAUUGUGGUAGUAAGAAUAAUUACUUUGGAAAGUUUGCACACUUUCCGCAAGUGGAAUCUGAGAAGCCUUUUCAUUUCUAAAGCAAUAGGAGUCCAGCAUCAAUCCUAAAUAAUUCCAAACAAUGCUGAGCUUACUGUGCCAUAUCCUGUUGUCACUAGUGAAGACUAGACAGUGCAUUUUAUGAUGCUAACAGAUGAGGGAUGGAUUCUCUCACCUUUAGGGAGCCUUUGUUUUUAGAAGUCUUCAUGGUAUCUGUUUCUGUUGAUAUGUUAUGUUUACUAAUGGAUCUUCAAUUAGGUGACUGAAACUUAAGCCUUGUUUAAGGUGGACUUGUCAUUGAAAAUGAAUACAUAUAUACACAUACAUACAUACAUACAUGCAUAUAUACAUGUCUGUUGUCAGAUUUUAGUCCUUUGGUGCUCUGUUUUGGAUUGGGCACUUCAAAUAAGGUUUUUUCUUUCACUUCAAAGAAGAUACUAGGUUACAUCCCUCAGAGGCCCUGUUCCACCUCCCCCUUGUUAACAAUGAUUCUGUACCACAUUCUGAUGCCACCAUUUUGCCCCACACCACAAAUUAAGUUGUCAGAGAGUCAGAGAUAGCAGUUUUCAACCUUUUGAUUUAUGACUUUCAGAACAACAGAACUGUAUGCUCCUAGGAUAAUAAAAAUCUUGUCAAAUCCCAGCCCAACUGCUCCAUUUGACAGAUGGGAUUGUGGGGACCAGAUGGAACUCCCUUGAUGAAACUGCUGAUAUAAUGAACCAAUUACACUUCAUCCAUUGACACUGCCCUGGGGUAAAUCUAUUUCUAAUGGGCCUUAUGUGGGUCAUGUGCCUAGCUAGCUACCUAGGGAGGGCACGACUAUAAACCUAAUUCAAGCAUAGAAGUAAAAGAACCCUAUAGAAUUUUCUAAUACCUUUUUUCCUUUCUGGGGAGGUAGCCAAAGAAAUCCAAUAUUGCUCUAAGUCCAGUAUAAGUCCAGCUCAAUGUUGUCACAUAAUGAAAGCAUCUAGACCCAGUAAUAACCCAGGAGCCUGAUCAUGAAGGACAAAGGAAGAAAGGAAGAAGGUUUUCUCUGGAAAACAGCCAUCCUUGGUCAGAGAGUACCACGCCUGGUGUUGAAGGACCAUACCUUUGCCAUAUCUGUGAGCUCAUGGAUGCCUGGAGUCUCAGAAUCCAUAAAAGAUUAUGUUGAUAGUUAGAUCUCUUUCUCUUUGACCCCAAACUUGCUUUUCUUAGAUCCCAGACUCACCAUAGAUCCCCAAUUACUCAAUUUUUAUAAUGAAGUAAGAUAGUUUACUCGACAGAAAAGUAUGCAUCCUUUUGUACAAUAUGCUCUCCUCAUCUCCUGUUGCAAUGCACUGCCCCCAACCCCAAGGUGAAGGUGACUGGCCGGUCUUCUGUACUGAGUGUCAUCUUCUUCCACGCUAUAAUUUUUAUAGAAAAUACAUAUUUUGUACCCAUCUAAAGUCACUUCAUUUUACAAACUCGCUUCAUUUUUGUUGGGUUUCUUUCUUCAUUUCCUUUCUUUUUUAUUUAUAAUAUUAAUCAGAUGACUUUACCAUUGAAGGGAUUAUUUUGCAAUCAGAUGUCUCUAUCCAGUGAUGAAAUUCAGAAUCAUUUCAUCCUUUUUACUAAUCUGAAUUUGUUUUGAACACAGCCUUGCAGAAAAGCAAUCACUAAUCAGAAGAACUUUUCAGCUCUCUGCUACCAGGAAUUUUAUUCUAGCACUCCAUUGUUUAAACAACUGAUACAAUGAAGCCAAUCACACAUCAUCUGCUGUCAGCUAAUCAUAAAUUAUUUAUUAUUUUAGGGCAUGCAGCCAUGUGAAUAAUACAUGCAAGGCUAGCUUAAUAGAUACGAUAAAAACAAUCAGUGUUCUGAAUAUCUGUACAAUUGCUGCCAUUGUCUUAAUUCCUUGUGACACCUUAUUUGUUUGUUUAUAUUAUUGCACAAAACCUCUCUGCUAAUGGUUUAAUGGUAUGAGAAUUUAUAAAUGUUGGAAUUCAACAUGCUUCCUAUUAUUAAUAUAACCAAUUUACAAGAUUAUUGUGAUUAAUUGUGUGAAUACCAAAUCAUUAUAUGCUGUAUAUUGUACUACAGAAAUUUGUAUUUUAAGGCAAAGAUUUGAGUAGCUGUUGGUAUAACUGAAGAAUAUGAGAUAUUUAUUAAGUAAUAGUGAGAAAUGGAGCAACCUUCCUUAUUUAUGCCUUAUGAACAAUAGAGUGUGAAAUGUAAGGCAAAGUUUCACAUGCAGACCCUGAAGGGGUGAGUUUCCUUGAAGGCAGGGAUUGUCUUUCUAUGUUUGUUCUGUACAGCUCUCAGCACACUCUUGGUGCUUGAUAAAUGUUAUAUAAUACCAAUAACUAAGCACAUUUUUAGAUCUUUUUUCAAAUGGCUUGUGUAAAAUUUGGUUAAUGUUGGUUUGAAGCUAUCAUGUAAAAUCUGCCUCUCCAAAUGUAAUCAAAAUAAAUGGAAA